CUCCUUCGGUGACGUGUUGACGGUGCGACAGGACGGACCGGGCUCCGGAGAUGGCAGCAUCCACGGAGCGGAGCGGCGGCUCGGACCGGACCGGGGGGCCCCUCCGGCGGCCGGCGGCGCUGCUGCUGGUCCCGGUUCUGGUCCUGGUGUCCCUGCCCGCGGCCUCGGCCCUGGUGGAGGGUCUGUACUGCGGAACCGAGGUCUGCUACGACGUGCUCGGCGUCACCCGGGAGGCCGCCAAGGCGGACAUAGCCCGGGCGUACCGGCAGCUGGCCCGCCGGUACCACCCGGACCGGUUCAGGCCCGGAGAGCCGGGGAUGGAGGCGGAGACCCCCGAGUCGGCGCAGCGGAAGUUCCUGCUGAUAGCCACCGCCUACGAGACCCUGAAGGACGAGGACACGCGUCGAGACUACGACUACAUGUUGGACCACCCAGAGGAGUACUACCAACACUACUACGCCUACUACCGCCGCCAGCUGACCCCCAAGGUGGACGUCAGGGUGGUCAUCCUGGUCACCAUCUGCGCCAUCUCCAUCUUCCAGUACUACAGUUGGCACAGCAGUUAUAAUGAGGCCAUCAACUACCUGGUGACCGUCCCUAAAUACCGGAUCCAGGCCACAGAGAUCGCCCGGCAGCAGGGCCUCCUGAACCGGACCAAGGAGAAGGGCAAGAACCGGCGCUCCAAGGAGGAGAUCCGGGAGCAGGAGGAGGAGGUGAUCCGAGACAUCAUCAAGAACAAGAUCGACAUAAAGGGGGGGUACCAGAAGCCCAACCUGUCGGACCUGCUGCUGUGUCAGAUCGUCCUCUGUCCGUACUACGUCACCACCUACGUGGCCUGGUCCGUGUCCUGGUUCUACCGCUUCACCGUCCGACGAGACCACUACGGAGACCAGGAGAAGCUCUACCUCAUCAGGAGGAACAUGAGGAUGUCUCAGUCUCAGUUCGACAGUUUGGACGAAAACACCCGAGAAACGUUUCUGAAGAAGCAGCUGUGGAUCAAAGAAAAAUAUGAGAUUUACCGGCAGGAGCAGGAGGAGGAGAUGAAGGUGAAGAUGGCCACCGACCCCCGGAUGAAGCGUUACCGGCGCUGGAUGAAGAACGAGGGUCCGGGGCGCCUCACCUUCAUUGACGACUGACCGACGCCCACGCCGACGUCGGACCCCGCAGCAGCUGCCUCAGCAGCGCCGCCCACGGACACCGCCAUGUACAGACACAAGCUCCGCCUCUUUCUAUAGUCAGAGAUAUUUUCGUAAAUGGAGGCGGGGCCGGCUGGUUUUCUAUGACUGGGUUUCUUCAUUUUUUUAACCAUCGGACGCCGUUCGAUGGGCGUGUCCUUGGGGUGUCGGACACCGCCCGCUGCGUUGGAGGGUCCGUUUAAGGCCGGAAAUGUCAAACCAGUGAAGAGUCUGUGUAUUUAUGUUGAAUCUGAACAAACCUGGACGCAAACGCAGAAGUCUAAACCAAUAAACCCACGUUUUUGAUCCGUGUUCAGUUUUACGGACGUUCGUUCAAUAAAACUCUAUUUUUGUGGCGUUCCACAGAAGCUUCAGAUCCAUGAACGUGUUUUUGAACAGUUGUACAAAUAAAAAUAUGAAACUGA